CAAUAUAGAAAUGCACUCAAGUUGUCAUAAAUGUGCAUCCAGGAUGACUCUGCUCAGCUUUCAGUAAACACCCUCAGCAAAUUACCUGUAAGCAGAUUUGAAUGUUGAGAAUUGGAAAAUAUCCACCAAACAUGGAACUUUGACAGUUCUGAGAGUGUGGCAUUCAAGAGUGGUGAAGACUUCCUGCAGUAAUGAGGGGACAAACUGCUGGGGUGAUUAACACCUAUAUGUGCGUCUCUAUGGGUUUGGAGGAAGUGUCAGGGAAGCCUUGGCCUCUAAAGAAAGACGGACCCCGUUUCCCCCUCAAUUCCUCUCAAUGUUGUUUCUACACACCUUUGUGGGCUGGCUGGAGACAAAAGACAGAUCAAAGAGGAGACUGAUGUUUUGACAGAAGUGCACAUACACACCUCUGGCCCCCUUUGAAGUGAUGGAAGAAGGUAGAAGCCUAGUCAGUUUGUAGCUUCAGUCUGGUGGACAUGUAUCUCCCAGAGGAACGGCCUGUGCUGGACUUACCCUACCAGAUGAAUCAUUUGGCUAAUAACUAUGGAUACUAUCCACAAGAUUGCCGGACUCAGUACAGCAGGAUGAACAGUGCUGAAGCUGAGCUGACUUCACUGCCUGUUCAUGUGUCACUGCAAGAUCGAGAGCUGUGGGACAAAUUCAGUAGUAUCGGCACAGAGAUGCUCAUAACUAAAUCUGGCAGACGGAUGUUUCCCAGCUGCAAAGUAACAGUGACAGGACUAAAUCCAAAAGUCAAGUAUGUGGUGAUAAUGGACAUGGUGCCGUUUGAUAACCACAAGUACAAGUGGAAUAAGGAUUGUUGGGAAGUGAAUGGUUCAUCUGAUCCGCACCUGCCCAACCGCUUCUUCAUCCAUCCAGACUCUCCCGCCCCUGGACAGAAAUGGAUGCAGUAUCCAAUCUCCUUCCACAAACUCAAACUGACCAACAACACACUCAACUCCAACGGCCUGGUGGUUCUUCACUCAAUGCACAAAUACCAGCCCCGUCUACACAUAGUCCAGUCUCCAGACCCCUGUACUCCUCACAACCCUGGUGCAUACCUGCGCUUCACCUUUCCUGAAGCUGCUUUUAUAGCCGUCACAGCUUACCAGAAUCAGGAGAUCACAAAACUCAAGAUUGACAACAACCCUUUUGCCAAAGGCUUUCGUGACAAUGGACUGAACAGGAAAAGGUUUAGAGACAAAGGGACCCAAGAGAUGCAGGAUACAGAUAGACAGGUCAAGCUGGAUUUGACUGCAAACGAGUGUGGUAUAAUUUCCACAGCUGGAAUGUCCCAGAUGGUUGAGGAUGUGGACGUGAGCGUGUCCAGCUCUGUUGACUGCAGGGAUACCCAGAACUCUUCAUCUGUCAGCCUCAACCCUUUCAUAUCAGCCUUCACAAACCCCAGCAGUGCUGGAGGGGCAGCAGCCCACCAAACCCACACCCUUCUCAGCCUCAGUAACAGACAUUUCAGCAGUCCCAGAGAAUCCAACCUCAAUAGUGUCUGUGCGGCUCUGCCGGUGUCCCAGCUGUCCACGGGACACACCAGCUUCAGCAGACUGAACCCUCAGGAGACCCAUCACAACAGCAGACCCAAAAUCCAGCUCCAGCCUCCCCAUCCCUCACUCCAGUGUCAUGACCUGGAGCUGCGCCUCCCUCUGCCUCCCAAACUGAGUCGCGUGCAACUGUCUGAGAGUGCACUGAGGAACCUGGAGAUGAGCCCACUGUCCGACUGUGCCAAUCCAAGACCCCUCACCAACAUCCUCAACCGCUCCUGUUUCAGAGCCUCCACACCCUCAGGGAAGCUCCUCCCAAAUCCCCCUCAGCCCGAGCAGUUCCUCCGCGGGUCAGAACGAGAGAUUUAUCCAGCGGUUCAGGAAUACACUGAUCAGCAGUUCACGCUAAACAGCCAGACUGAACACAGACCACAUAUGAGGCCACUAACUGAGUACUGAUGUGACCAGCAGGCUACGAAAUGAUGCUUUUUUUUAAUUCAGAGGAUCAAAUUCUUUCAAUUGUGCAUCACGUGACUCAUUUGAACCAGAAGCUGGAACAUUGCAAGUUUGCAAACCAGACUGAAAUGAAACAUUCCCUAACUCAAGAAUGUAAAUAUUUAUUUCAGCAGCAAAAAGUAUGUUGUUGGCUAUUAAUGUCCAUAUUUUUGCUCAGUCUGUUACUCUGUGUCUUCUAAGUGGGAUAUAUUGCCCCCCUGAAGGGCACUUUGCAGGUGAUUAGUGUUGCACACUGCAUUCCAUUCGGAAGUGCUCAUCCAUAUAAUCCCUUUGAAUCGGUCACUCUGGAGGGAGGGUGAAGUGUUUUGGGGCAUAAGAAAGAGCCAGCAAUGGAAAGCAGUGACUGUCUAUUUUUCAAAAUUUGCAUGAACCGGAAGUUGCUGAGAUUUUCAGUAUGUUGAUGUACUUCCAACUCAAAUGGAAAAUAGAGUGAGGAAGGGGCUUUUGUGUGGGGGGCGUGGUUAAGAAUAUAAGGGUGUACUCACACUAUGCUAUCCAAACCUUGCCCAGGCCCGUUUCCCGGAUCGUUUGAGAAGUGUGAGUGCUCUGAAUCGGGCUCAGGCACGGUUCACUUGGCCGGCCCUGGCCCGGUUAGAAGAGGUGUGCCAGAGCGCAGUUCACAUGUGCUUUGGCGUGGUAAGCUUGUGUGUGAAUGCAAAACGCGCCUGAGCCCAAAACUGAAAGUGAGACAUGACUUUUAAGGGACUGUUUGAUAUGGAUUUAUUAAGUAUAGUAUUAUUAAGUAUAGUCAGCGGCUGUUGGCGGCGCCCAGCCAUGACUCAGGACGCAGUUCAUAUUUCAGCCGCGCCACAGAGCGCCAUUUGAUUAGUUUCAUGUUAAAUAUCAUGCGAAUGUGCACGUCUGGUGUGUGAUACUUUAAAUUGUCAUGUUCGUGCCGUGUCGGGCGCCGAGCCACGCUUCUGGUGUGCAACCUGCUUAAGUGUCAGACUGACAUCAACAGAGAAAGCCCGCAACUCAACCGCAAAAAUACCAAAACUAUUUUUUUCAGUAAAUGAACUUGCACUGAUCUAAUUGUUCACAUAAAAAUAAAGACUGUACAUUUUAAAGUCAACAAGAAACCAAAACGAAGUAUUGCUUUCUGUAAUCAGUGUUUGUUUUCAUUUUAAAUGGUUCCUUUGGGGUUUUUCUCUGUAAUCUUUAAUCAUACUGAAAUAAUAAUCCUUUUCUGUUAAUGUCACUUAUAGGCUGAGUGGGAUUAUUGGUUGGUUCCUCACUCUCACAGUGCUCAGGGUUUUGACAUUGUUGCCUUUUGUUAAAUGAAUCUGUGUUUUUGUGAGAUGUAGUAAACUAUUGUGUUGUAAAACCAUUUUUUAAGUGUG